AACAGGCUGUAAACAAACUGAAAUAAAACAACAAGCUGAUUCCCCCUGAAGACGUUGGGACAAACAGAAAUAAAGCCUGUCUUUUAAAAUGAGCUCCCCUUUAUCGAUGCAGAAGAAAAUGAGGUGCUUUCCACUGCAGGACUCUCUGAUGAAUCAGCAGGGGAGCAAUAGAAAAGUGCCUUUCAAGAGGAACCUACUUCAAGAAAUAAGGGCAACACUGGUUGCUGAUGACUCCUUAAAUCCCAGCCCUUCUCCUCAAUCUCACACUCCUACCAACAUGGCCUCCACACCAACAUCUGGAGCAGCAUUAAAACAAGGUGCUCCUCCAAGUGACUUUGAGCUUAUGGCUGCCAUGAUUCACCGAAUAACUGCGUUGGAGAACACAGUGAGGAGUCAAGCACAGGAAAUGGACCAGAAGGAUGAAACAAUUUCUGUGUUGGAGGAGCAGCUGAGAUCACAGAAAGAGUCAGAUUUAGAGAGAGCACCAUGUCUGAGUAGCAGAGAUGAUCUUAGAAAAAGGUGCCAACUGCUGCAAAAUAAGGUGCAAGAAAUGGAGAACUUUCUCAGUGACUACGGUCUGAUCUGGGUGGGAGACGGAGACACCAGUGACUCAGAGGAGAGCCAGCAGACUACAAGCUCAGGACUGUCUGCUGACAGGGGCUUCCAAAUGAAUUUUGACCUUGUGCUGCAGAGGAUCAGAGAGCUGAAUGUUCUCGCAGGGGAAGGAGAGUCUUUCAUACAAGCAACAGGAAGCGGCGCAAAGCUGGCAAAAAAAGAUCCCAUUCAGCUGAGACUCUACAAGAAUGGCAUUGUCAUGUUCGACGGUCCUUUCCGCUCCUACCAGGAGCACAGCACCCAGGAGUGCAUGCAAGAUCUAAUGGAUGGCUACUUUCCAUCUGAGCUUCAGCAAAGAUUUCCAGAUGGUGUACCUUUUGAGGUUCACGACUGGCGAGAUGAGGAAUUUAUGUUCAGGCUGCCGUGGGACACAUUUCCUGGUGACGGACUAGCAGAUUCUGGGGAGAAAUUUACAAAUUCAGUCGGCUUUAUGUCAGGUAGGAAACUGACCACAGACCAGUUCCUCAGCAAGCUGCCAAAGAUGGUAGUAAAAGCCGGUAAGGUGAUCCACAUCAGGCGUUCCCUGAGGAGAACUCUGCAGGGUUCUUCUGAUGCCCAGAGCUCAGAGAUUCUCAUCGACACACCGGUGCUCCAAUCAAAGAUGGGCAGAACACAGAUGAUCAACUCUGACAAACCUGCUCAAGAAGUCAUCAAUCUCAAGUUGAAAUCAGAGGAUGGGAAUCACACUUAUAUAAUGAAAAUGAGACUCUCAGAAACAGUCAGCCAACUGCGAGGCUAUCUGGACAAACACAGAGGGCCAGGACAGCCCAGUUAUGACAUCAUCAGCGCAUAUCCACGCUGCAGCUUCACUGAUGAUGGCCAAACACUCCAGUCAUGUGGACUCUCAGAAAAUGCUACUCUGCUGCUACGUAAGAGGCAACAAAAAAAAUAGUAAACACUAAAGAGUUUGAGCCUCUUUGAAAAGUUCUGUAUCCUACAAACAUUUGGAUCAAUGAUGAAUACAGAACAAAAUGUAUGUGUUAUCAUAAAUACAGAUGAUGGUCAAAGCUACAUGAAAAACUGACACUUUUCUUUUAAAUUAAUGCAGUGAUAAACUCGUGGGAAUAUUCACAUGUCUGGUAUAUUCAUUGGGCAGGCCUGGUGAAGAUGUGCAAAACAUCCUUCAAAUAAUCUUUUGUAUCUCAUAUUUAAUUUUAGCACAUAUGUUCAGAGACAAAAAAAUAAAUAAAACAAACAUAAAAGGAAAAAAUGGCUUAUAUAUUGGUGCCCAUAACAAUCCCUUUAAAAUUAAAUGCAGCAGAAGCAAUUUUCAGUUUCUAGAAACCUUUAAUUUGGAAUUCAUCAUUUUCUGUUUCCCUGGGGUAAAUUUCUCUUAGCCACUGAUCACUCGGCUGAACAAGGAGCAGUUAUUGAUCUUCCCAUGACACAAAGACGCAGUGGGGAAUUAAAAAAAAUGUAUAGUUUUAUGCUAGAAAACAGGACCAAAAAGUGGCAUUUAGGGGUCAUUGACAGCCACAAGGCACCAUCUUCAUGCCAAGUGUCUGUUUGGGAGUGAGGAAAUGUUUUCAGUCCUACCAUUACAAACAAUAAUGAGUCCACUGGGAGCAGGAUUUUUUGCUUUUUUGGCAACAAACACAGGUUUCAUAUUUGGAGAAGUACCUCAUGCCCAUUGUUGGGUACGAUGGAGGCUCUGUGAUGCUGAGGGUCUGGAUCUCUUCCAAAGGCCCUGGGAACCUUGUUGAAGUACAUGGCACCAUGAACUCUUUCAACAGGACUAAGAUCUAAAACAUCCGGUCAUAUCUACACUAAAAAUGAAACCAAGUCCCCGAAUCAACCCAAUCUCAGCCCACGAAACCUAAAUCCACCAGAAACACUGUGGGGAUGAGCCUAAAAGAGAGCAGAGAGAAUCCAAGACUCUGGAUGAUGCAGAAAUAUUGUGCAAAACGAGUAAUGAACCCUCUCUGUACACUCCAACCAAGCAAAAUGUAAAGUGCUGCAUUUUUUAAUGAAAGGUGAUUUUGCUAAGUGAUAACAGCAAUGACUGAAUCACCUGCGAUUGUUUAAAAAAAGAAAUGUACAUGCAGUUUUUACCCUAUAAAUAAACAGUCAUUGAAGAUUGGAUUUCUCUCAGUUUUAUAGCAUGAGAUUCAGUCCCUGUAAUAAAGAUUUAACUGCAGUGCCAGUAAAUGUGGGAAGCACUGUAUCCUCUGUAAAAAGGUCCCUUGGUGUUUUUACACUAGAGAACUACCCGACACACAAAGCAGAUUAAGUGUUAACAGUUCUUAUACAACAUGACACAGACUACUAGGAAGUUUCCUAACAUGGGUUCACAACAGCGACUUUAAUGUCUCACAAAGCUUAGAUUAGUAUGAGUGCACACUGAACUAAGAAACAUUCAGUAUUCAAGACAUUCUGCUCAGUAGAUUAAUAAAAUACAAAGACACUGCAACAAAUUCCAUGAAAAACAAUGUCCAAAAUCUUUAUUUCUACAAUAUUCAAUUACAAACAUAAACAACAGUAUGAAAAUAUAAACGUCUUUUUCCUUUUUGCAAAACAUUUGAGAUGUUAAGGCAUGCAGAGCCUGACGUUUCAAAGCGAAACCAUGUGCUAGUGAAGUUUUAAGGUCCCAUGAAAUGAAGUAUGGCUUGAGUGUCCCUGGUUGAAAUCUUUUGUAGUUUGCAUAUUUUUAUUUUCAAAAUCCCUUUUUGCCUCCUGUAAAGUGUCGAGUUUUUCCUAAAUGGCUUACCCUAAACUUAUCGUGACUUCGGGGCGAUCCGGCUAUCCCUUCUGAUGAUCACCACACAAGGAAAACAAAAAAACUUGUAGGAGAACCUGCUCCCGUCUCAACAUGCUGUUACAAUUGACCAGAACAACAUGACACUCCAUGGGACCUUCACAAGUUCUUCCGAACAUAUUACCACGUUAUUACGUGAACCAAGUCAGGUAGACCCAGAAAUUGUUCACACAAAGUUAUCAAAACAAUAAAUAAAACAGAGGAUUAAUACUGUUUCUUUGUCAUUUAUCAGUCAACUACUUUGUCAAAUGCAAGUCAGCCAUUAUCAACAUGAAAUAGAGCAAAUUCUACAAAGCUUGCCCAGACUAACAGUUUUUACACCAAAUCAUCAAUCAUGAA